CUGCUGGGGGUGCUCUGCUUGCCUGCACUGAUGGGUCUCUGAAGAGCCAUUGGCAGACCUCACUGGCGCUGGGCAGGCAUGGGAAAGCAGCGCUGUUCAGGGGUGGCCUCCUGAUCGCCCCUUGCUGUUUGACCUUGAACAAGUUGCUAGAUUCACCCCACGCCUUGAAUCCACUGGCAGAGUUCUUCACAGGUGCCUAAAAGCGAACAAACACCCUCUCCUGCCUCCCUUAGCUUAGGUUACAGGGUUGUGACCCCCGGCCUGGCCCCCCCAGCCCUCGGCUCCCCUGAUGCGGCCAUGGGCUCUAGCAGUGACUAGGUGGCCACCGUCCGCCCCUACAGCCCAGCGACGAUUCUCCGCGGGGCCCAGCAGCGCUCCAAGCCAGCUCUGGGGAAGCCUCGGCCGCCAGGGCCCCCUGGCCAGUCCACCUGCCCAGGAUGAGAGCUUACCCUCCCAGCAGCCACCGCGCCAACCCCCACACCUCCCCGUAGAGGAGCGCCGGGCCUCGGCUCCUGCCCACAGGAGCCCCCGAAUGCUGCACCAAACCUCCCAGCAGAGCCCGUUCAUGGUUGAUCUCCACGAGCAGGUGCACCAGGGACCUGUCCCUCUGUCCUACACUGUCACCACAGUAACCACCCAAGGCUUCCCGUUGCCUGCAGGCCAACACAUCCCCGGCUGCAGUGCCCAGCAACUCCCAGCAUGCUCCGUGAUGUUCAGCGGGCAGCAUUACCCGCUCUGCUGCCUCCCGCCCCCGCUGAUCCAGGCAUGCACUAUGCAACAGCUCCCUGUGUCCUACCAGACCUACCCCCACCUCAUCUCCGGUGACCCCUACAUUCUGCACCCCCCACCGCCCGCCCCACCGCCCCAGCCCACCCACAUGGCACCUUUGGGGCAGUUUGUAUCACUGCAGACCCAGCACCCGCGGAUGCCUCUGCAGCGGCUGGACAAUGACGUGGACCUGCGUGGGGACCAGCACCCCCUGGGCAGCUUUACCUACCCCACCUCUGCCCCGGGUCCAGCCUUGUCCCCUUCAGUGCCCCUGAACUACCUGCCCCACGAUCCGCUGCACCAGGAGCUGUCCUUUGGGGUGGGCAGUGGAACAGAGGGAAGCAUCCUGUGUCCUCCAGUCCCUAGUGAUGUUGACACUGAGCCCUUUGACCUGUUCUCUAGCUCGAUGCUGCCCAUGUCACCCACAGCUAUGGGACCCACCAUCAGCCUGGACCUAGAAGUGGAUGAUAUGGAGAUGGAGAACUACGAGGCCCUCCUGAACCUGGCCGAGCGGCUGGGAGAUGCCAAGCCCCGGGGUCUCACCAAAGCCGACAUAGAACAACUCCCGUCGUACCGCUUCAACCCCGACAGCCACCAGUCAGAGCAGACGCUAUGCGUGGUCUGCUUCAGCGACUUCGAGGUGCGGCAACUGCUCCGAGUCCUCCCCUGUAACCACGAGUUUCACGCCAAGUGUGUGGACAAAUGGUUGAAGGCCAACCGGACGUGUCCCAUCUGCCGGGCCGAUGCCUCUGAGGUACCCCGAGAGGCUGAGUGAGGCCCCACCGCUGGCCACGAGAACCCUGCCCGAAGCUCUGGAAACAUCCAGGGAGGACAGACGGGGAGGGAGGGGCCCAGGCCUGCCUCCGUUCCACCUACAACUCCAGGGCCAGCCCUGCGAGAAACCCCUGCAAUAAGCCCCUGCAUUUGCCAAGCUCCAAAGACUCCUUCCCCCCUUCUGCCUGCCUGUCUGCCCGCCCGCCCGCCAUGGAGCUGUCUGGGUGUUACCCCCUCACCCCAGCCUCCCUCCUGACCACCCCUGAGAGGCCUCCUCCCUGCUGGCACUGGAGAACCUGCAGGUCUCCCCCCCUCCCGCCACCCCCUCCAGUGUGCCUGGUGGGAAUCCUUGGCGCGUCCCCCUUUCUCCCAAGCCAUGGGCAAAGGGGUCACCAUCCUGGGUCACUCUACACUGAAACGCUGUGUCCACCACCCAGGGGGCCUUGCCAGGUGUGUAGGACACAGAUGGUGGCCACCGGCCACUUCCUGAGUCCCUGCCUGGCUGCACCCCCAGACAGCUUGGCUGUGGUGGUCUAGUUCCUUAAGCCGAUCUGUGCUGGGGCACAGCCCCCCCCACCCCCCCAGCCACAGCCGCCAAGGGCUGUGUUCCUGGUGACACGGCUUCUCCAAGGUGACACACAGGGUUUGGACCUGGCCUGAUGAUCCCCCCCUCUUGGGAGAUUUUUUUUGUGGGUUUGUUUUUUUUUUGGCCAUUUCUACUCUUUUUUUUUUUUUCUUUUCUUCCUGUAGCCCCAAAACUUGCGUGUAGAGUUUGGAGGUGUGGAUAGUUAAGCCUUC